CAGGUUAGGUUGAGCCGGCCGGCCUGACAACGAGAGGAGCAGCAUCCAGCACUGGGCAGUGGGGAGGGAAGGAUAGAAACAGAGCGCAAGAACAAACCAGGCCGGGAUCACAGCGACAUCGCGAGAGAAUAAAUUUGGAAGCGAACGAGCCCACUUGCCCAGCUUCUCGUCAGCGGGCGGCGGGAGUGAUAGGUAGUGGCGACUGAAGAUGUCAGAUAAUGGUGAAGUGGAAGACAAGCCUCCAGCUCCGCCCAUGAGGAACACCAGCACCAUGAUUGGUGGGGGCAGCAAAGACCCUGGGAACCUAAACCAUGGCUCCAAACCGCUUCCUUUGGCUCCUGAAGAAAAGAAACGGAAGGACAGGCUCAGGUUCUUCCCUGGAGCAGGAGACAAAACCAACAGGAAAAAAGAACGGGAACGACCAGAAAUCUCGCUGCCCUCUGAUUUCGAGCACACAAUACAUGUUGGAUUUGAUGCUGUCACAGGCGAGUUCACAGGCAUGCCAGAACAAUGGGCUCGGUUACUACAGACAUCAAAUAUCACCAAAUUAGAGCAGAAAAAGAAUCCACAAGCAGUGUUGGAUGUUUUGAAAUUCUACGAUUCAAAAGAAACCUCAAAUAGUCAAAAAUACAUGAGCUUCACAGAUAAAACAACAGAUGGGUAUGCUUCCUCAAAUGCACUGAGUACAAAGAACGUGUCAGAGUCCCCGGCUGUGCCUCCAGUGUCAGAAGACGAUGAUGAAGAUGAAAGUGUUCCGCCGCCUGCAAUUGCACCACGACCAGAACACACCAAAUCGAUGUAUACGCGGUCUGUGAUAGAUCCUAUCCCUCUCCCACCCACCAAAGAUGCAGCCACGUCUCCCAUCUCCUCACCCUCUGAGAAUAACACCACCCCUUCAAACACCCUAACGAGGAACACGGAGAAACAAAAGAAGAAGACCAAAAUGACAGAUGAAGAGAUACUGGAAAAAUUGAGGAGUAUCGUAACAGUGGGUGAUCCGAAAAAGAAGUACUCCAGAUUUGAGAAAAUUGGACAGGGAGCUUCAGGCACAGUGUACACAGCAAUUGAUGUAGCCACUGGGCAAGAGGUUGCGAUCAAACAAAUGAAUUUACAACAACAACCCAAGAAAGAGUUGAUUAUUAAUGAGAUUCUGGUCAUGAGGGAAAAUAAAAAUCCCAAUAUUGUUAAUUAUUUAGACAGUUACCUCGUAGGGGAUGAAUUAUGGGUGGUUAUGGAGUACCUGGCAGGUGGUUCACUCACUGAUGUCGUCACGGAAACCUGCAUGGAUGAAGGACAGAUAGCGGCUGUCUGUAGAGAGAUUACACCAGAGCAGAGUAAACGCAGCACAAUGGUGGGGACACCAUACUGGAUGGCCCCUGAAGUGGUCACGCGAAAAGCGUACGGCCCCAAAGUAGACAUUUGGUCGUUAGGAAUCAUGGCGAUUGAAAUGAUUGAGGGGGAGCCUCCAUACCUUAAUGAGAACCCCCUCCGGGCAUUGUAUCUGAUAGCAACAAACGGCACUCCAGAGCUACAAAAUCCCGAGAGGCUGUCGUCUGUAUUCAGGGAUUUCCUGAACCGUUGCUUGGAGAUGGAUGUGGAGAAGAGAGGUUCCUCCAAGGAGUUGCUUCAGCACCAGUUCCUGAAGCUAGCAAAGCCAUUGUCCAGCCUGACCCCACUGAUCAUUGCCGCAAAGGAUGCAGCCAAGAACAAUCGUUAAAGCCACGGGGGAUCAAGCAGAGGGCCCCAUUGUCCAUCUCGAUUUGCAAACCGGAGCGGCCCGCUCUCCACGACUGAACCAUUCCUGAACCCUACAAUGCAACCAUUCCUGACCCAGAGCUCCUCCACUUCAACCCUUUUCAUAGCCAAAUUCCAGGAAAGGGGGUGGGAGGUGGAUGGGCUGGGUGUGAACUGAGGGGAGGGGGAGAGAGAGAGAGAGCACUGUUGGGUUGUAUCUCUGUUGUGCACUCUAAUGCACAACAGUUAACACAUGGGUGAAAUUCCUCUCUUGUCUGAAACGGAUGUAGUGAUCUCUCUAAAGUGUUGGAUAAUAGUGCAUUACGCUUAGUACAUUGCAGCCUUUCAGAUUGUAAUGUUGGAUAAUUGGGUGGGGUGCUGGUUGUGACAGAGAGAGGAGCCUGUGAAUUAUUCCAUCUGAACAAUAAACUGUUGACUUGCACCCAACAAAAUGGGAGGUACUAGCUGCUGGGUGUUUUUUUGUACGUUUUCGAAGCAUGGUUUCUCGACGUGUGUCAACAGCAAAAUGCUUUUGUUUUUUUUUUGUUUUGUUUGUUCCUCGCCCCGUCACGCUCGUGAAUAGGUUUUGCUUUUCUCCCUCUCUUUCGGCAUCAAUCACUUUGAUUUAUCAGUUGCUUCGCUGGCUUUGGUUCAAGGCUAUUCUGAAAUCACCGAGAAUGUAUGACAGGCUGUUUAUUAAUUAUGUACAUGGCGUAGUGAUCGAGACUGUAGUUUCAAAGCACUCAGUGCAGUCUGACAUGUAGUUUGUUUUUCUUUUGUGCGUGCCUCCCUUCCCCAUUAAAUAUUUGUUUGUACCAGUUUUCUGAACACUACGACCCCAAGAAAAGUGGUGCCAUACAUCUGCCUUGAGCGACUUUCAUGCUGCUAAAUUUUGAAAAUGUCUAUAGUGUACAAAACUAUGGAAUUUUAAUUCCUGGGGGAUAAAGAAAUAAAAGGGUGUGUUAUAAUAA